UGGACAUCUCAGGAUGAAGAUCACAAAUUUCCUUGCUCUGGUGUUUGCCCUCUUGACAGCCACUGCUUGUUACCCUGUUACACAGAGCAAGGUGAAAGCAAAUACCCAUAAACUCCUCUUGAUCUCCUUCGAUGGAUUCCGGUGGAAUUAUGACCAGGAUGUCGACACUCCAAACAUGGACCACUUGGUCAAAGAAGGGGUGAAAGCAGAAUAUGUAACUCCUCCCUUUGUGACCAUGACUUCACCAUCCCAUUUCACGACCAUCUCAGGCCGCUGGAUCGAAGACCAUGGUGUCAUCCAUAAUAUGAUGUUCAACACGGAGACUCUGAGAAAGUAUGGCCACAAAGAAACACAGAACAAGACCGAAUGGUGGGACAAUGGAGUUCUGCCACUGUGGAUCACAGCUCAAAACCAGGGGAAGAAAACAGCUUCAUUUCACUAUCCCGGUGGAGGUGCCAAUUACAGUGGCCAGAGAGUCCAAAGGAGUUUGGUUGAGUCCUUUACUCACCCCGACAGCAACGAGACAGAGUGGAGGGAAAACAUUGAUAUCGUCAUGAAAUGGUUCACCGAGGAAGAUUUUGAUUUUGUCACACUUUAUUAUGGGGAACCUGACAAGGUGGGGCACAUGGUUGGCCCAGAGACUGAAGACAGGAAAACGAUCAUCCGACAGAUUGACCGGACCAUCGGUUACCUCCUUGAAGCGAUUGAAAAACACAGCUUGAAGGAGACCCUCAAUGUCAUCAUCACGUCCGAUCACGGAAUGACCACGGUCAAAAAGAAACCGGAAGUUACUGAGAUCAUGCUGAGCAACUACAUUAAAUUCAGCGACCUGGUGAAAUUUGACAUCGUAGACUAUGGUGGCUUUGGCAUGAUCCUCCCCAAACCGGGUAAAGAAGAGGAAAUCUAUCAGGCAUUGAAAAAUGCCCACCCUCAUCUCAAAGUGUAUAAAAAAGGAGAGUUUCCUGAGCAUUUCCAUUACGCUCAACAUGAACGGGUUUUGCCAAUCCUGGUUUAUGGAGAUUCGGGUUACAGUGUCAAUGGGAGGUUCAUCCUCUACGUCAACAAAGGCGACCAUGGAUUUGACAACGAAGACAUGGAUAUGAAGACCAUCUUCAGAGCUUUUGGUCCAGAUUUCAAGAAGGGCUAUUUGGCAGAACCCUUUGACACCAUCCACAUUUACCCGUUGAUGUGUGAGCUCCUGGGAGUCCAUCCCGAACCCAACAAUGGCUCUUUGGCAUUCACUCGCAACAUGCUCCAUUCAGCACCAUCCAGGAACAUCCUUAUUCCCAUCCUUGUAGGAGGCUUCCUGGGAGUCCUGCUUCUUCUGAUACCCAUCUCCAUAGUGUCCUACAGGGCUAGUCAACGUCAGAAGGGGAAGAAAGAUGAGCAUCCUGAAGAAAUGAAAAAGACAGCGCCGCCGUCAACUGGCUUAUGAUGACUCACUUUCAUGUUCAAAGAAGGCACUCUUGGAAUGACGUUGUCCAAGGCUUAGGUUGCACACCCUGCAGAAUGAGAUGCUCCAUGAGGUGUUAAAGGAGUCCUCUGAGAGGUUAAAUGGACUGUACCAUGUCAAACCACAGUAGGGCAACAGAGGCUAGUCCAUUGGGGAGAAUGGGGCACUGCCCCACCCUCCCUUUCCAUCAGCCCCCACCCGCCCUGCCUUCUUACUUACAGCCAGUUCAGGGGGGCUGGUGGCCCUGGCUGUCAUAUCCAUCGUCCUUAGCCUCAGUGGUGCCCUUGUAGACUUAGUUGGGGGGUGGGGAGGAUGGGCACAAAACAAGCAUUAGUUGACUCUGCCUAUCAUUGGCUUUGGCACCAGGUGAUCUGGCAAGGUGGACAGGGUGGCAGGAAACACCCAUUUGCCUUUUGGGGGGAAUUGCAAUAUCAAUUCUCCCAGAGAAGCAGCCUGGUUCCACAUGCUUGACCAAAAACAGGAGCAGCAGAACCACCAUCUUAGUGACUCAAUGCUCCAAAGUGAUAUUCUUUUGCUAUGGACUUGACCUUAUACCCACCAACAUUUUGCUGCUGAAAAAGUAGGGGUGCACUUACAAACACCCCCAAAGUUCCAGGGGUGUCGUUAGGGGCUGGUCCAGAAAUCUUUGGCACUGGCCCCCAGAACCUCUUGCCUCCCCCCCCCCUUUUCGGUAGCCAUACAUUUUUUGCUUACUGAGCAGCUGGGUGGAGUGAGAUCUCAGCCACUUUGGCUCAGUGGGAGAGCACCUGCUUUGCCUGCAGAAGGCCCCAUGUUCAAUCCAAGACCAAAAUUUGUGUUUCUAUAUAAAGGGCUGAUUUAACAAGGGAACACAGGGAGGUGUCAUUUGCACCCACAUUGUUCUAUUAACAUUUAAGUGCACCCCACAAUAAGGGAUGUCUUGCUGCCUCUUGGAAUAAAACA